GAUAAUUGGUACUCGAAUUUUGCACACGACGGCAAAGGAAGAUCCAAUCCUACAAAAAUAAAAAAAAAAUCCCCGGCAAAGCAGAUCCUUAACUAACCGUCAUCAUCGUUGUCGUCGUUGCGAGAGAUGAGCUAUUUUUAAAAAGGUAGCCUUCAGCCCGGCACCUAUAAAUACGAGUCGAGGGAUAGUGAACUGGAGCACGACCAACGCCGGAAAGCAGCGGCGACACAAACACAACGCUAGAGAGAGAGAGAGAACGAGUGAGAGAGGGAGAUAGGAGGCAUCCAGGUGGAUCACAAUUAUGCCAUGCCACUGCUGCAGCGCACAAAGCCACUGAAGAUGAUACAGCUUUACUGCACAGUACUGUUCCUGCUGCUGUCGACGGCCCUGUGCGCCGACUGGAGUGCCAGCUGCCCGCAGAACUGCACCUGCAAAUGGUCGAACGGCAAGAAGUCGGCCCUGUGCAAUGGGGCCGACCUUAGCGCGGUACCGUCGAACCUGUCCACCGAGAUCCAGGUGCUGGUGCUGAACGACAACAACAUCCCGUACCUCAACCGGGAGGAGUUUACCACGCUCGGGCUGGUGAACCUGCAGAAGAUACACCUGAAGCACUCGCGCGUCAAGUACCUGCACCGGGAGGCGUUCAAGAACCUCAAGAUACUGGUCGAGGUGGACCUGAGCGAGAACGAGAUCGAAACGCUGGACAAGCAAACGUUCGCGGGCAACAACCGGCUGCGCAUCAUCAACCUGUACGACAACCCGAUCAAGAUGCUGGUGGCGGAGCAGUUCCCGGUGCUGCCGUACCUGCGCAACAUCGACCUGCACGGCUGCCAGCUGCGGUACGUGGCGGAGACGGCCUUCUCCAACCUGGAUCUGCUCGAGUUUCUCGACCUGUCCAAGAACCGGCUGGAGAGCUUGCCGCACCACGUGUUCAACCACAUGAAGAACCUGAAGACGCUGAUACUGGAGGAGAACUGGUGGAACUGUGACUGCCACUUGCGGGACUUCCGCAACUGGUACCUGAACAGCUCGCUGAACCGGCGCAGCCUGAUCUGCCAGCGGCCGUACGCACUGAAGGGUCUGUCCUGGGAGUACCUGGAGACGGAGCAGUUCGGCUGCAUGCCGACGGUCGAGAUCUACCGGGACGAGUACGAGAUCGAGGACCUCGGCACGAACAUCACGUACAAGUGUGCGGUGUCGGGCGACCCGGAACCGAACGUCCGGUGGGACAUGAACGGGAAGGACGUCGACCAGGACAACGCGAUCAUCGAGACGGAGCGGCACGUCGCGUUCGACGGCAGCGUCACGCUCUGGAGCAACCUGACGAUACUGAACGUGACGAACAACGAUUCCGGCUUCUACACCUGCACCGCCCAGAACCGGAUCGGGCUGGCGAGCAAAAACUUUAGCCUGGUGCUGCCGGAGGUGGUGGAGCGCGUCAUCAUCAAGACGCCCGAAACGUUCUGGUACUUCGGGCUGAUACUGGGCAUCUUCGGCACGAUCUUCGGCCUGCUGGCGCUGUCGGUCGUGGUGUGUCUGGUGAAGCGCAAGCUGCGCAUGCGGCGCCGCCGGAAAACGAUCAAGAACAGCGUCAGCUUCAACGACCAGGAGAAGAAGCUGCUCGACCUGAGCAUCACCACGAACGAGCGGCAGGAGUUCAGUGCGAGCGACGUGGUGACGCCCUCGACCAAGACCGACUCGACGAUCGCGAUGGAGCCGGUGCAGAUCACGAUCGAGUCGAUCGCGACGUCCAAGCGGGAGGAGUACCCGCUGAACGUGGGCGUCUUUCCGCCGCCGCCCGAGUUCUGCACGCAGAUGAUCGCGAACCCGACGAUCAGCAACAUCUACAUCUCCGUCUCGGUGACGCAGGACCCGCUCGAGGGGGGCCCGGCGGACGUCAACAUGUACCCGGACCUGCUCAACAUACCGAACCGCCACCAGAAGGGUCCGCCGAAGAUGCCGCCCGUCAGCGUGACGUCGUACGCGACGCUGCCGCGCAAGACGGCCACGGUCGGGGGCGGCCCGCGCUGCUCCAUCACGUCCGGCCACAGCUCGAGCUCGGGCGGAUCGAGCGGUGCCGGCAAGCCGUCGGUCGGCAUCGGGCCACCGCAGGUCGGUUCGCCCCUGUCCUGCACGCCCAGCCUGCUCGCUGCGGCAGAGAUACCGCUCACGGAGGGAAUUGUCAAUUACGCGACCACCGCGCUGCGGGACGACUCCGGCUGCGAGAUGUCGUCGUCCUCGCCGGUCCCGUCCAUGUGCGCCGAGUGCAGCAAGGUGCUGAAGGCGUCCGGUGGCACGUUCGCGCCCAAGUACGGCACCACGUCCCGGACACUCCCCGGCCUCGGCGGCGGCGACCUGGCCACUAGCGGCCCCAGCAGCAGCAACAGCAGCGGCAGCAAGUGCGAGAAGCCGCUCGCCUGCCUGAAGUACGACAAUAUGGGCCGCCGGUACACGGCCAGCGGCAACUCGACGCUCUCGCUGCCGGACGAGCUGAAGCCGGCGGGCGGUCCGGGGCCCGCCGGGGCCGCCUUCGUCAUCAAGCAGCAGGACAUCGAAACCAUCGUCGAGCAGGACGACCAGCCGGGCGGGGCGCCGGACGGGACGGAAGCGCCCCUGCCGCAGCAGCCCCCACCACCGUCGGCGGUAGUAGCCGGGGGCACGAGCGACCAGGAGGCCGCCCAGCGGGGCCUGUACGUCGUGGGGAACGAUUUCGUGUCGCUGUAGUCGUGCAGUGGCCGCCCGGUGCGCCGGUGGCACCGCACGGAGCAACCGAUCCAAACCAUCGAACUUAACCUGUACAAAAGCGUUUAUCCUUCCUCCUUGUUCCCACUAGCGCCACCAUCACGCCAACCGACGCCCCAAGCAGCACCGCCACACGCCGAACACCACACCACCGUUACACGCCAUUAGCAGAAGGGAUCGAAACGAAACAACACUAAACAAACAGCAAUGCAAAAAAGGGGGGAAGAAAAUAAUGACACCCUUUCACACCUCCCCCCCCCCUCCCCCCGCUUCUACUCCCCUCAGCUGCACGCAAGUUUUUACCGAAGAAUGGUGACUGACCUGACCGCACCUCCAGAGUGCUUCGGCUAAGUGUGUCAAUAAUCUCGUAAUAGUGCACUAUUGCUCUGCGGGCUGCAUACCUUUUGGGGGGGGCGUCCGUGGAGCGGCGAGCAAUUACCGCCUUAAAGUAUGCAACCGGUAGGGCAACCGAGCGCCUAAAAUAUGUGCAAUUUAGCAAGGCACUGUAACAGUGUAGCUCCUCCAUCGCUUAUUCCUAUGUAUCUCUCUCUUUCUCUCUCUCUCUCUGCCACUCUCUAUCGCUCCCUUUCAACCUUUCUUCACUGCUCCCCCUCCCCCCUUAGUCCAUCCCGUUGUAUCAUAGUGUCUCGAUGGUUAGGACAACAAGGGGGCUGUAAAGCAACGGUUUUUGCUACCCCCUUUGGUGGUGUUGGUGCUAGCCGCGUGUGAUAAACAGGCGCCUGCGGUUGUUGAGCUGUGUUUUGUGCGCCUCCCCCCCCCCCCCCCCCUCCCUGUUUGCUUGCCGAUGAAGCACCCCAUAGUUGCCAUUAGUACCGCUGUCACACACUGACAACCCGGACACACCCAAAGUUACUUAGUAGCUGCCAUUACUAUUACUGUACGAUUCGAGCGGGAGGCGGGUAGGCGGGGUACCGGAGCCGAUGAUGUGUCCGUUAUUCUUAAUUCAUAUCAUACACACACACACACACACACACACACACAUACACAUAUAUAAAUAUAUAUACUUCACUGUUCAGUACUCCCGUAUGCAGUGCGUAAAUGGGGAGUGUGGUGGGGCAGCUCAUCGCAAUGGAGGGGAAAGGGAAGGGACAGGAGCAGGACCGCCAAGCCAAAAUGUGGUCUUCCAGCGAGCGGCGAGUACUGUACAAACCGGAGCCACCCUGCCCUGCUCGCAGACCGCAGCGAAAUCGCAGCUUUAGCACGGCCAUGAUGGCGUCCUAGCGAGGUAGUAGUUUAGUUGUUAGCGCGCGUCCGCGCGCCACGCUUCAAGCCAAAAUGGUUCCCCAAUUCGGCAGUGGGUAAUGUUUGGGUACAGUCUGCCCCGCUAGAGGGCUAGCGUGACGCGCAUUUUCGGUUUUUGCAAACCCCCGGCACUUAGUGCGCUUACGUUGCCCAUUCUAUUACUACUAACUACACUAUGACUACUACUAAACACACACACACACUCACAAACACUGCAACGAAGAGGGGAAGUGAGGGGAAGCAUAAAACCAAACCUAUUUAGAUGUUUUCGUUUCGCAUUGUUCCAUUACGAUUUGUACUCCAUUCGUGAUUAAUCAUUAUACGAAAAUAGUAAAGCAACUACAGAAGACAACUACAACAGCAGCAACAAAAAAUGAAACGACUUACGCAAAUCGGUGGGGGGGGGUAGGGAAGGGUGCAAAAACAACAAAAAAACAUUGUAACCUUGUGCACUAAGCGCAACACAAAACAAGUGAAAAAGUGGACGGGAUCGAAAAUUGAUCGAAGAAAACUGAACAAAAAGCAACGUGUAAUCCAAACAGGUUAAACUGGCGACAAAACUUGCAAAAAAAAAAGCAACAAAAUUGUAUUAUAAAAAGAGCAAAGCGGAGAAGAAAGGAAGAAUCUGUUUCGGCAGUAUAGAGAACGAACGAGAGAGAGAGACAGCUAAAAACCGAACGGUUUGUUUAUUGUUCCGUUGGCUCUCCCCUCCGGAGUGAAGUUCAGUAUCAGUUGUGGAUAGAAGCUAUGGUACACUUAAGAUGUGUUAAAUGUGUAAGAUUGGAAUGUAAAACAUUACCAAAACCGAAAGGGCAGGCUAGUAAGAAAGUAUUUAAACGGAAUGGGCGGAAGCAAGGCGAGAUUAAAACGACAUCGCGGUAUAUAAAUAUAUAUAUACACACACACAUAUAACGAUAAGCUUAUCGGUAAAACCUUGAGUUGUGUAAGGGCAGUUGCGUUAUUCUAUUACACUUUAGUAGACCCAAAAGGUAAAUAUAGUACACUGAAGGAAGAGGAGGUGUGGAGGGUUCAGCUUGCGGAGGACGCGGAAGCAGAGGAGCGAAACACAAAACGAGACGAGACAGCAAACGGUUGGAUGAUACUUCAGAAUAAAAUCAAUCAAAUCUAGUUAGAGAACAAAUGAAACAAUUUUAGCGUACAAUUAGUAGUAUAUGCAUAUGACCGAUAGAGAGGGCAGGCAGGAAAACAAACAACAACAACAGCAGCAAACAAACAAACAAACAAACAAACAAACAAAAAACACAUAGUACAUACACACAGAAGACAAAAUAAAUCAAAAGCAAAACCACGCGAUGGUAAAAGUAAGACAAACCAAGCCACCCAAGGUAAGGCACACAUUCGUUCAGCAUUAAAAAAAAAAAACAAAACAAAACAAAAAGCAGAAGGCGAUUUAAUUUUCACGCUGUACAUAAAUGGGCAUCCUCUAUAGGUUUGAUUUCCUUAGCGAGGCUCGCAUUAGACGUAUCAACUCUACUUAGUUACCCACUCUGCGACGCUCCAACAAACACACUCUAUAUAUCUCAAAAUCGACACACACACAUCAUAGGCAAACACAAGCAAUGUACUCGAACGAUCAUACUCAGUUGAGCUGGUUCUAUUGGUAAUCCUUGUGCGUAUUUUUAUACCUCCCAGUUUUUUUAGUGCCGAGAGUGGCCAUCUUGGACAUGGGCUAGUAGCUCUCGAGUAGCAAGUGAAACUCUGCUCGCGCUCAUCCUGAACCUGUCGCAAGCCAUUGUUACACCAUAGGUCACACACAGUCAAUGCGCGUCACUUGUGUGCAAAAUCAAGCGGUUAGGUUUCUUCGUCUCUUUUCGGUGAACUAGGGCUUGGGUUUGCAUUGGCUACAGCAUGUAUCAACCAACCAAAAACCCAAGCAAAAACUGGCAGAAACGCAGUGGACAAUCAGCGAUCGCUUUCCAACGGCGCUAUUGCUGCCCUAUUUUCGCUUGCGUUUUAUUCCGGAACCAGAAGCGGCAAAUUUCACACAGUAACACACGGGAACAGGAUAGAGGGAUAGAUAAAUUGCCGCAUGAUCACGCUGGUUGCAAACAAGGAAGACAGAGAACAGAAAGAAAAAAUAACAAAUCAAACAUGGCAGUUACACCCUUUCUGUAGCAUACGCUUACGAACUCUCAUAUGUAAACACACCUACGACAAACUGUACUAGUCAAAAUCCAUCGUUUCAGAGCAGCAUUAAAAAACUCCCAGAUACCAGUCGACAGCAAACAACCACAACAACAAAACGAAAGAAAGAAAGAAAAAAAACAAGCAACAUUUACUAUUCCUUUACUGCUCGUGCAAAAUUAGAGUACUUUCUAAGAAAUAAAAGAGAGAAUAAUUGAGAA